CUGAUCCGGCCAAGUCACCUUGAAUAUUGUCUUUUGAAACAUUACACGGUAUAGUUGGAUGCAUGCGUUACAACGUGAUUCUAUUCCUCCUGCUCGCAAGUUCUGAUGCUUUUCCGUUUGUUGCGCUUAUACCGUUCUCAGUAGCAAUAACAGGAGUAAUAUACAAAUAUGGUUUAAACUGUCUCCUGUAUGAAUGCUGCUCUUCAGCCGUUCAUUUCAACAAGACAAGCUUGGAACAAUCACUUUCGGAUGAAUUGCAUGGUCAGCAUAUCGCAGCUGAGCGUGUGUAUCAUCAUUUAGUCGAUCACAUUGCUGGUGGUUCGCCGCAAAAGCCCCUAGCAUUGUCAUUCCAUGGCUACACUGGUGUUGGAAAGAACUUUGUUUCAAAUAUUAUUGUAAAUAACGUUUUGAGAUUGGGAACACGGAGUCGGUUUUACCAUUUCUAUGAUGCGACAAUACAUUUCAAGCAUGCCUCCCGCAUUUCGGAGUACAAAGAACGCCUUUAUCAAGAUCUACAUACGGCUGUUUCCGAGUGCCCUACAUCAAUAUUUGUUUUCGAUGAAAUGCACAAUAUGCCUCAUGGAAUAUUGGAUAUACUGUCACCCUUAUUAGAGGUCCGUGAAACGGUUGAAGGUGUUGAUUUUAGAAGGUCAAUAUUUAUCUUUUUGAGUAAUGCUGGUGGUAAUUAUAUCAAUCGACGUACGUAUGAACAUUUAGUUGACGGAAAGAAGCGAGAAGAUCUGCGAUAUACAGAUGUCGAUCGUUUUUUAGCCAAAUCAGCAUUUAAUAAUGAAGUGGCUUUAAAAUAUUUUAAUGUUCGGUGCUCAGAUACUUUUAGUAGAAAGCUUGUUUACACUGAUCCAGUAAGGCAUAUUUACAUCCUCAAGGUAAUUAAUAAUACUUAGGAUAUCCGAAUUGUCACUACUCAGAGUUACAGUUAGAGUCUAGUUGACCCGUCAUUUGAAGACCAUUACUGAACUAUUCAUGCCUCUGAAAUCUUUUCACUACUGAAAAACACCACAUUGCUCAAUAAUCUGUCUGUAUUUUAGUAUUUACCGAUGAUAUUACAUCAAGAUAUUUAUGGCAAAGCAUUCAGAAUACCAAAGUUUCGUUAAUCUUUUUAAUAGUAAACUUAUUGUAACCUGGAUACAAUCAAGGAUAAGUCUUACUAUCAGUUAAAUGAUUUCAAAAGUUACUUCGAUAAACGUAUUACUAUCUCGAAAUUCGUAUAGACAGUUUAAGUGGCUGUGCACAGAGGAGAGUCGUCACAGUUGUCAACGAGGACUCUUUUUUCGGAGUUCAGAUAACGGUGACCGUUUCCUGCAGUUCUGUACAGACUACAACCUGUUUCUAGUCAACACUAUUGACGCAGUCAUCGCCAGUGUACUACCUGGCGUUCUAUCUCUACAACUCAAGCCUGGGGUCAGAUUGAUCACAUCGAGAUCGAUUACAGCUAGCGUGGCUGUACACAAGACCUUGGCUCCUUUUGGAGUUCUUAUCUAGGUUGUUAUCAUGCCCUUGUUUGCGCUAAUGUUAUCGUACGUCUCAGUGACCAACAAAUUCAUCGUCCUAAACGAAUCCAUAUAAGCAAAUUGGCUGCAGCUUCGGUCACAACUAAAUAUCAAACCAAACUAGGCUCAAGUCUAACUCCCAACCCACCUAAAAGCAUAAAUGAACUGUGGUUGCAUUUUCAUGACGUCGUGAAAAUGUCAUGUAAAGUCGCUUGCGGCUUCGUGAAGCCUCCCAUUCGUAAACACUGGGUUUCUCCGGGCUUCGUGAAACUUGUUGAGCACGUCGGUCUACAUUGACCAGGCGUGUGUUGGACAAAAAACGUAGAUUUUUAAGUAAAAAUGUUCUUUCGGAUUUAUUUGUUAUCAAAUUAAAAAAUAUAAUCUACAAAAUUGCAUUCUUAGUUAACUUGACUCUCAUUUUUCUAUGGAAUAAUUAACUACAUAGAAUUAUGAUGUAGUGUAUUUCUGUUCCGUUUAUUGCUAAUGAAGCAACAUUUUAAUUGUUGAAGUCAGAUAGUGCUUUGUGUAGUUGUAAAGUAUUCAGUUUUCAACCAUUGAGUUGCACGUUGAUAUCCACCCAACCCCUUGUAGUGAACAAGAACACGGAUGGGGACAAUCAAAUGUAUUUGACACGAAAACUAUAGACUAUCUCACUAAAAUCUGACA